CCGCCAGUCAGUGAACAGCCGGGGAGUAGACAUGCUGAACCGCCAGGAUCCUGUCUAGGUUUCUCCUGAGUUUCUGUAAGAACGUUGAGUUAUGACGGGGAGCGUGUUUAAAACCGAACCGGUCUUUUGGUAACUGAGUAAUAGAAAUCACAGAAGCUGAAAAUCAGUUUUAACGGGAAGCAGUUGAGCCAGCCGCAGCCAGCCGGUCUGACAGUCAGCGUGUGGGAAUGGCAGCUCCCCGGCCGAUAAAAGGCAUCCUGAAAAAUAAGAACAGCGGGACAAACGUCAAAUCGCUGCCCGACGAGGUACCGGGGGAGAAUCCCGAACAAGCCCCGGGACUCUCGGAAGAUGACCAACAGAAGAAGUCCCAGAAAUGGGAUGAGAUGAACAUCCUGGCCACAUACCAUCCACCUGACAAAGACUACGGCCUGAUGAAGAUUGAUGAACCCAGCACACCUUUCAACAGGAUGGUGGGGGAUGACGAUGACGAGGGGGCGCUGAGUGAUUCGGACGGCCACGGUGGACUUGCGGCUGAUGACCUGGCAUCAAAGCUGGUGGCAGCAGAGGGCGCAGAGCCUCGCUUCAUGAAGGAAGAGGAAGAGAGCAGUGAGGAGGAGGAAGAGGAGCUGACUCCUGAAGAACAAGCCAAAAAGAAGCAUUUUCAAAUGAUGAGGAAGAUGCACUACAACGAGGGCCUGAACAUCAAGCUGGCCCGCCAGCUCAUCGCCAGUGAACUAGAAGAUGACGAAGAUGCAGACGAAGAGAUGAGGGACGACACGGAGGAGACAGAGGAGAUCAAUGUUGACCCACCGCAGGAAGCUGAUUCCCUGGACUCGUAGACGAUUCGUCUCUCACACCUUCAGUCCUGUGUGUGUGUGUGUGUCGGCUUGAGAUCCAGACAGACAAUAAUGCCACUGCGCUCUGUGUUUCAGUGCUGGGCCACAGAGCAGACACUGCUUCACCACCCAUAUAACACCCUUCAACAGCCAAUAACCUCCCGGUCACCUGUCUGUCUCUACUAUUCCUUAGAACUGUGCAAUAUAACCUUCAAACACACUGGUUUUUACCUCCCAGAAUCAGUACAAACACACAAGUGAAGACUGUUGGUCCCUCCUUCCCCUUCUCCUGUUGCCAAGAAUUUCCUCCUCCCACCUCAUCUGGACUGAAGAAUAUGAAAUUCUGACCCUGAAAGGAGGAUCAAGGCCUUUUUUAAAAAAGAAAAAUAUAUAUAUAUAUAUAUAAAAAUUAAAAAAAAAAAAAAACUGUCGGACAACCAGAGCUCCCAUCUGGCCACUCCACAGGCCUCUGCAGGCCACAGAGCCAGUAUGUCAGCCCUGGAGGAAGCCAGGGGAAACCCCACGGCCUCACUAAAGGCAUAUCUGAGACAUGACAACAGCGCUUUAAGUGGGUGCACUUCAGAUGGCUUUUAUUUUUAUUUUGCUUUGUGACCGACUACUCUGUUGCAUUUUCUUUCCACCUUCAGUACUUUUUGUGGUAAAAGUUGAACAAAAUGACGAUCAGUUAAGAUUGAUUGUUUUUAUCCACAUUCACAUCCUGGUCAACUGGUUACAUGGCUAACCUGUAAUGCUGUCAUCAGAAUAGGAUUAUCUCAAUGGUGAUAAUUUAGGCUCUAUACAUUUGUUUCUCAUAGUAAAUGACAACAUAGCCCACACAAUCUAAAUGAAAUUAUUAAAAAAAAAAAAAAAAAUCAAAAUUUUACAUUAUACAACCAACAAUACAUACUAUUAAUUGGCAUGCAUAUAGUGUCUAACUGUUAUGCUUGCAGUAAACUGGGGCUUUUUGCUUAAGAUCAAGGAAAACAACACAGAUUUUAAGUAUUAUAUUGGCACUUAUGCUUGACUUUGCCUCUCAGUACUACAUAUUUACUUCAUCUCUUUACAAGCAAGAACACCACACUAAACCUCAUUUCAAAUUCUGGCAAUUUUACAAACAUGUAUACCUCAUAGGACCAGACUGAGGGCUUUUUCAAAAUUGAGUCCACUGAAGAAUUUGGCACAUAGGCUGUCUAUCAUGAGGCACUUUUUUUCCAGUAAAAAGUCAAUAUUUAAAAUUUCUUUUACGCUUUUUCCUCCUCUUCAUGAGAUUAUUUUGUGAAAGAAGAUUGCAGGACAAGUUGGUAAUCUGUUUUCCCUGGUAAAUGAUAUUGGCACUUCAGUUCUUCAUGUUCAUAAGGAGGGACAGUGCUGAAGUCCCACAUCUGAGGUGUAACACAUGCUACUGAUAAAACAGGACAGUGUCCUGUAGAAAAUGGCUCCCGUCUAUAACAAGUUACAGCUUUAAGCACCAGGCUCUUCUGUAGAUCUGACAAAGAAGAAACCAGCGCUCACUGUGCUCUCGCUUAGAUAAUUUGUGUGUUUAACUUAUUAUCACGUGAGCUUCAUCAGACAGGAUUUGUAACUAAAUUAUUGUGAGAGAGGUACAAUCAUCUAGCUUGUGUUUAAUUUCUCACCUAACUUACAUGACGUGAUACUUAAUUUAACGUCUGAUCUACUUAAGUGUCUUGUACAAUGCAGCUUGGGAAUGUCAAAGAAAGAGAUGUUAUUGAUGCUACUGACUUUAGUUAAAGAAGGUUUUGGUGAUGGAGUUACACCACUAAAGCCUACUGGAGGCGCCUUGAGGAAUUUUUGUAAUGUUUUGGGUUCCUACAAGUGACAAGAACGUGACUACCAAGUCUUAAACAAAUGUUGGCCCAAACAAAUAAAGACAGUUUGACCUGGUGCAACCUAAACUUUGCAUUUAAAAUUGUUGUUUACUGAGUUUGUGGAGAUUUAUCCUGUUCAACAAAGAACAGAAUACCUAGAGAGAACAUGAAAGUAUGACAUGAAAAGUAUGUAGGGACCCUGAGUUAUGUCUUGUGUUGUGAUCUCUUCAUUUUCUUCUGACCCUUUAAUUCCUCACUGUGAUUGGAAGUAUUCAGUUUUGUAUGAUGGAAAUACAAAAAAAAAGGAAACAAAGACCAUCAGUAUGAUAACUUUUGCAAAUGUCCCUUUGCAGUUUUUUUUUCUUCUAGUAUUUGGUGACGUUUUCUCUCCGUGAAAAAUAACCAUGUCCACCGACCAACAAGAACUCAUUGUAGUGAGCAGACAAAACAGCCACACAAUAAUUUGUUGUAGAGAAAUGGGAAUGUGUGGAAAGAGAUCUUUGUUGUCUGUUUUGAAUUUGCCGAAAAGCUGAGAUGAUUGGUUUAUCCUCUCACUCGAGACAAAAAGGACAAGAGUGUCCCAAACAUGACUGACAUGAUCACCCUGUCGGUGGUUAUUACCUGUCAAAUGUGCCUCUUAUGUAUUUAUGUACAUGUGUGUAAAAUGAACAGGCUAUGCUCCAUGUUUAUGCUUUUCUGUCCAGUUUUAUUGUGUCACUGUUUUUGCACCACCUCUGCCCUGUUUGGUUAGUUUUUUUUCUAAGGAUGACAGACGGUUAAGUAGUCCCAUGACUCUGCACUGUGUGUCUGUCUCAAAAUGAUGUGUGGGGUUUUUUUUUUUUUUUUUUUUUUUUUUUGUAUUUCCAGUUUGCAUGUUCUUAAUCAUCAGAUCGUGUGUAUUCUGUUUUUGUUUUGCCUCCUAUCAUUAAACAAAUGUUGUUAGGAA